UCUCUUAUGAUUGAACUACAAGCUCUCACACACACCUCUACCACUCUCCCUCCUUAAAAAAGGACCGUGAGCAACAAAGAUAAGCUUCUCAACAAAAUCAAUUUAAACCCAAGAAAAAAAAACAGAAGAAAAAACCAAAGCCAUGGCUCAAACAAUGUUGCUCAUGUCUAGCAGUGUGUCUUCAAGCCAUGUGGUGGAUUUGAAGUCCUCUGACCCUUUACUUCAAUUACGAGUGCAGAGACUUAGGCCCAAGUCUUUCUCUCAACUUGUGUUCAGACCACUUCCUUCAUCCUCUUCUUUUGCCUCCUCAUCAUCUCCUGCCAUUUCGACCGUCGUCGCGCUCUUCAAGUCAAAAACCAAAGCCCCUGUCAAGAAGGCAACACCGGCGAAGCCGAAGGUUGAAGAUGGUAUCUUUGGAACCUCUGGAGGCAUUGGUUUCACAAAGCAGAAUGAGCUCUUUGUGGGUCGGGUUGCCAUGAUUGGCUUUGCUGCAUCAUUGUUGGGAGAAGCAGUUACAGGGAAAGGAAUUCUUGCACAACUGAAUCUGGAAACUGGAGUGCCGAUCUAUGAAGCCGAACCUCUCCUUCUCUUCUUCAUCCUUUUUACCCUGCUUGGAGCCAUUGGAGCCCUAGGUGACCGUGGUAGCUUCGUUGAUGACCCGCCUACUGGAAUUGAAGGGGCAGUCAUCCGUCCAGGCAAAGGAUUUAGAUCAGCCCUAGGUCUCAAGGAAGGAGGACCUCUAUUUGGAUUCACAAAGGCAAAUGAGCUAUUUGUAGGAAGAUUGGCACAAUUGGGAUUUGCAUUCUCUCUAAUAGGAGAAAUCAUCACAGGGAAGGGAGCUCUAGCACAGUUAAACAUUGAGACUGGGGUCCCCAUUAAUGAAAUUGAACCCCUUGUGUUGCUCAAUGUUGUCUUCUUCUUUAUUGCUGCUUUGAAUCCGGGGACUGGUAAAUUUGUCACAGAUGAGGGUGAGGAAGAAUAGAGGCUUGUAAAGCUCACAAAAAAACAACUUAUUUCAAUCAUGUAUGAGAUAAUACUCUCUCUUCCUUCUCUAAUUUUCAUGUCAUGGAUUUUUUGCUGUU